AUGUUACUGAGGACAGGCGUCGGCCCUGCCCGGCUCUUGUGUCCAGCAGUAUGCAGCAGCCGGCCCGUUCUCCAUGCAGUUGGACUGCGCAGCACAUUUACUCCACAGUCAGUCAGCGCGAGAUGGUUCUCACACCAGCAGCGACGGAGGAAGCAAAUUCAGCCCAAUGCGAAACCGCCAGCUCAGACGAGGAUUGCUGAUGAUGGACCGGUCAAGUCCGAGUCACCAGAACUAGCCAGGCCGGAGUCUGCGAUCAAGUCGAAGGCCCAGGAUGCAGUUCCGGCAGCAGAUGGCAAUGAUAUGCUUUCCGAGAAGGUAGUGUCCAACAAGGAGCAACGAAAGGUAGACCGGGCUAUCAUGAAGGAAAUGGUCCAAUAUCUUUGGCCCAAGGGUGACUUUGGAACGAAGCUACGUGUCAGUACUGCACUCGGUCUGCUGGUCGGUGCCAAAGUCCUGAACGUAGAAGUGCCAUUCUACUUCAAGAGCAUCGUCGACUCCAUGAACAUCGACUUCCUUGCAGUUGGCGGAACUGCCUGGACCGUGGCCGGAUCGAUGAUCAUAGCCUACGGUGUCACGAGAAUAAGCGCCACAAUCUUCCAAGAAUUACGCAACGCUGUCUUUGCGAGUGUGGCACAGAGCGCUAUCCGCAAGGUUGCCUGCAAUGUCUUCCAGCAUCUCCUCAGACUGGACAUGAACUUCCACCUGUCCCGGCAAACUGGAGGUUUGACUCGAGCUUUGGAUCGAGGCACGAAGGGCAUCAGCUUCUUGCUCACAUCUAUGCUCUUCCACAUCUUUCCGACGAUACUGGAGAUCUCGCUGGUCUGUGGCAUUCUGACAUAUCAAUAUGGCCUCUCCUUCGCUGCCAUCACAGCAGGCACGAUGGCUGCAUACUCCGCCUUCACUAUCACGACCACAUCCUGGCGCACAAAGUUUCGGAAGCAAGCUAAUUCAGCAGACAAUCAGGGCGCAACAGUGGCGGUGGACACCUUGAUCAACUAUGAAGCGGUCAAAUUCUUCAACAAUGAAAAGUUUGAGGUCAAUCGAUACGAUCAAGCCCUCCAGAAAUACGAGAAGGCGUCGAUCAAAGUGACAACAUCACUUGCUUUCCUCAACUCUGGCCAGAACAUCAUAUUCUCCAGCGCACUAGGUGCAAUGAUGUACAUGGCAGCACAAGGCGUAGCCGCUGGAGAGCUGACGGUAGGCGAUCUCGUUAUGGUCAAUCAGCUAGUAUUCCAGCUGUCGGUUCCGCUCAACUUCCUGGGCUCAGUAUAUCGAGAGCUACGACAAUCGCUGCUGGACAUGGAGACUUUGUUCAACUUGCAGAAGGUCAAUGUAAAUAUCAAGGAGGUGGCACAUCCAAAGACUCUGGCACUUACCAAAGGUGGCGAGAUCAAGUUUCAAAACGUGAAUUUUGCAUACAACGCGGAACGACAAAUAUUGAAGAAUCUUAGCUUGACGAUACCAGCAGGCAAGAAAGUCGCGAUAGUCGGUCCCAGCGGCUGUGGCAAGUCGACGCUGUUGCGACUGCUCUUCCGAUUCUAUGAUACACAAGGCGGCACCAUCACGAUUGAUGGACAGGACAUCCGAGAUCUGACUUUGGACAGUCUCAGAGAAUCCAUCGGAGUUGUUCCGCAGGACACGCCGUUAUUCAACAAUACCAUCGAGCACAAUAUCAGAUACGGACGUAUCGAUGCUAGUGACGAAGAGGUCCGAAAAGCAGCCCAGCGAGCUCACAUUGAUGGACUCAUCGAGAAGUUGCCACAAGGUUGGAAUACAAUGGUUGGAGAGCGAGGCAUGAUGAUAUCUGGUGGCGAGAAACAACGACUGGCGAUUGCCCGAUUACUGUUGAAGGAUCCACCCUUGCUGUUCUUCGAUGAGGCAACAUCAGCCCUUGACACGUACACGGAGCAGACGCUGCUGCAGAACAUCAACAGCAUCCUCAAGGAGAAGCAACGGACGAGCGUAUUCGUUGCACAUCGACUUCGCACAAUAUUCGAUAGCGACAUCAUAUUUGUUCUCAAAGAUGGCCAAGUCGAAGAGCAGGGCACUCAUCAUGAGCUGUUGGAGAAGAACGGUCUGUACGCAGACCUUUGGGCGGCACAAGAGGUCUCAUUGGGGCAAGAUAUGGGACUUGAAAGAGAACUCGAUGCAGAUCGAGCAGACAGUGUUGGUGAAGAAUCACGACGGCAGUGA